UUUCGAACUGAUCUUACAGUGUCGCUCCCACGCUUACAUGUGUGUGCGUCAAUUCACGUGCUCCAGCUGAAAAAUCAAUGCUCGCGUCGUUGCUGUCGGUUAGUGGGUUGUAACUGUCGCGUUGUUUUGGACGCGAUGAUACAGCGUCUUUUGCUGUUUCCUCCGUUGAUGUUGCCAGAUUUUUGCGAAGUGUAGUGAAAGUUUGUAAAGUUUGAGUGAUUCGAGAUUGAAUCCAGUGAGAAAAAGUGAGGUUACUGGAACGACUUUAUCGCUGGAGGAUAAGCUAGAGCGAUACAAAGUGUUGUUUUACUUUUUUAGUGGCUAGCGAAAGUAUAUAGUUUACGUCAUUUUUGGGACUGCAGUAAAGUUUGUGAUAAAGUUAUCUUGUCGAGUAAAAAUAAAAUGGAGGCUAAGACAUACGGAUGGAAGUUUUUAUCUACGUCUGACAGACCCUCGAAUGAUGGACCCUCGAAUGACGGACCAAAGUCGAUUGUUUACGAACGUCAGGGCCACUUUUCGAGUUUAGACGUGAUCAGGACCAAAGGAGAUUUGUGUGAUGUCAUAAUUGAUGUGGAAGACAAAUCAUUUCCAGCACAUAGAAUAAUUCUUGCUGCUACGAUAAAGUACUUUCAAGAACUAAUCUUGAACAGCUCCGACGAAGAAACGAAAGUAACUAUUUCCGUGAAAGAUGUUAGUGCACAAAGCAUGGAAUCCAUCCUUACGUUUGCUUAUACCGGCGCGAUUACUAUAACCGAAGAAAACGCACAAACAUUGUUGGUAGAUGCCGAUCAUCUGGGUCUCACUGACAUAACAGAGCAGUGUAUCAAAUUUUUUUACACCUGUCUUCGGCCUAGUAAUGUCAGUCAAAUUUAUAGUCUUGCCGAAGCACGUGGUAUCGAGCCGCUCAUGAAAAAAUGCAAGAAGUUUAUGGUGGCCCAUUUCGAAGAUGUUUACAAGACUGACGAGUAUCUCAAUUUCGAUAUUUUGCUUCUGAAAGAUAUAUUCUCCAAUCACGAGAUACACGCGGAUCUGGAGCAGCUAUUCGACGCGGUCAUUCGGUGGAUCACGUACAACAUUGAUCAGAGGCGAUUCUACACAACAGAGCUGCUAAGCUAUGCUAGAUUAUCGAAUUUGCAAUCCCAAGUUGUGAUUGAAUAUUUUUCUAAAAUCCCGUCUUUGGUUGAAGAGAACAGUGAAUUUGUAUCGGAAAUUGUGUCUCUUUACGAAACUUUCGAAAAAAUCGUCUACAUCAAUGAAAAGAAACUCAUCUACGUGGUGGAUGCCGAAGAUUCCAAUAAUAUCGAAAUCUACGAUCCAGUUAUAGAUCAGUGGGACGUCGCCAACUUUGUCGACCGCGGCGAAAACAAGCAGGAAUUCAGCUGCGUAGUUCAUAAACAAAAACUCUACAUAAUCGGUGGACAAUCUCAAAAGCUCGGCUUCAAGAAGACUGUACAGGUCAACGACUUGGAAACGAAAACCUGGACCAGCGUGGCGCCGAUGCAUAGCGAGCGUAGUCUCAGCGGUGCCGUCGUGCUAAACGACUUUAUAUACGUUUGCGGUGGUCGAAAUUACUCUGGACCAUGCAACGUGGUUGAAAGAUACAGUCCGGAGAGUAACGAGUGGCGGAUGAUGUGCCCAAUGAACAUCUGUCGAUCAACCUUCGCUGUUGUCGCCCUCGGAGAUGCUAUCUAUGCAAUCGGUGGUACUUUUGACAAUGCUCCGCUGGACACGGUCGAACGAUACGACCCCGACAAGAACUGGUGGAAAUCUCUCAACUCGAUAAUGCACGAGAAGCGCGAGCAGUGCGGAGCAGCUGCGUUGAACGGCAAGAUUUAUGUCUGCGGUGGAUACAACGAUGACGGCGCAAUCAGUUCCGUCGAGGUUUACAAUCCUCAAACUAAUAGGUGGACCAAAUUAGCAGAUAUGAACAGUCCGAGGUCCGGAGCUUUAGUUAUCGCUAAUAUGGGGAAGAUCUGGGCCAUUGGAGGUUGUGGUGCAGAUUACAACGAAUUGUCGAGCGUCGAGAUUUACGAUCCGGAAACCGACACCUGGACUGUUACCGGUCCAAUGAGCAAGAUAAAGGGAUAUGUGGCCGGUGGUCUUUAAAUUAAUUCACGCUGUGAGUUUGGUAUCUUUGACGAGGCUUGUGAUAAGACUUUACCGAGCGAUGUUCCUAUUUAACGCUCACAAAAGUGUUCUGCAUUUUUGGAUGUUCCAGUAUAUUUUUUUAAAAUCAAACAAAAAUGAAAGCAUAGUAAGUUAAAAUAAAAAGAUAAUCUCUAAGU